AUGGUGGACUUGUCCAACAAUAACUUCCAUGGUACGAUUCCAUCGUCAUUCUUCCGACGAGCUAGGGAUUUGACUAGUUUCAAUGUCAGGAACAACACCUUCUCAGGUUCUAUCCCAUCCUCUAUAUGUCUUCAUUCUUCUCCCCUGAUUAGGCUGUUGGAUUUUUCCAUCAAUAAAUUCAGCAGCAAUAUUUCUGGUGGACUAGGGAAGUGUUCCAAACUACAGGUUUUUCGUGCUGGUUACAAUAGGCUCUCUGGACCACUUCCAGAAGAUAUCUAUAAUGCUACCACACUUGAAGAAAUCUCGUUACCUAGCAAUGCGUUUCAUGGUGACAUUAGUGAUGAAAUUGUCAACCUCACCAACCUCACAAUCCUUGAACUAUAUGUUAAUCAAUUCAGUGGCAUGCUCCCGAUGAAUAUGGGCAAGCUCUCCAAAUUGGAACUCAUUCUUCUUCAUUUCAACAAUCUAACAGGUUCUCUGCUCCCGUCUUUGCUGAAUUGCACAAACCUUAGAGAAUUGAACCUUGGAUUCAACCAUUUUGUAGGAAAUCUCUCCAUGCUUGAUUUCUCCAAACUUAGUCGCCUUACUAAACUUGACUUUGUGAGUAAUCAAUUCACUGGUGUCUUCCCAACUAGCCUUUACUCAUGCAAGUCCCUGAAAGCAUUUCGACUGAGCUUAAAUGACUUAGACGGACAAAUACAGCCUGAGAUUCUUUCACUGAAAUCUUUGUCCUUCCACUCCCUUUCUGCGAGCAGAUUGUCCAAUAUCACAAGGGUACUUAAUAUACUGAUGGGCUGCAAAAGUCUGAAGGUUCUCAUCCUUUCAAACAAUUUUAUAGGUGAAGAAAUGCCAAAUGGUGAUGGCAUCGUUGAUGUUGAUGGAUUCCAAAAUCUUGGUAUUUUGUCUUUCCGUGGUUGUCAGCUCACUGGUCCCUUACCUGUAUGGUUAUCCAAAAUAAAAAAAGCUCGAGGUCUUGGAUUUGUCCUCUAA